AUGAAACUCUCCUUCCCCAAGCCCUCCUCAAAAGAUACCCCAGCCUUCUGCGAUGAAGAUCUGUUCUUCACAGAUGAAGACCGAAAAUUCAUCUCAGAAUUCGACCCAUCUAAGCCUCAGCCUAUACAUGUCAUUCCUCCCAAGGAGUAUGAAGGGCAACCCUUGAAGUUAUUACCUGGUUUGAAUAACUCAUAUGCUUGGAAUCUCCAGCAAUCAAUGAAAACCGAUGCGUCCGUGAAAACCGAUGCGUCCGUGGAUGGAGCGAGCAAAACGCACGGAUCUCGUCGUGAUGAAUGGCCACCGUCGGUGGAUAAUAUUUCUGUGGAUAGGUUGAACUUGCAAGAGGAUCCAGGGUUCGAGCAGUUUGCAGAGGUGCCGGUGGAGGGUUUCGGUGCCGCUUAUCUUGCUAGAUAUGGCUGGUAUGAAGGGGGAGGGAUUGGCAAGAACGCGAAAGAAGAAGUCAAAGUGAAGAAGAUCCGUAGACAUAUUGGUAGGCAAGGAGUUGGCUUCGCAUCACAAGAGAAUAGAAGGGAAAGAGAGAAAUACGAAGAAGAAAGAGAAAGAUAAAGGUGGGUUUAUCUUGGGUAAGGAUGAGAUGGUGAUUGCAGGUAGCGAUGUGGAAGGAUUUUGGAAAAUUGAUUGCUGAUAACAAAUUAUCUAUAUGUUAUGCUAUAUAUCUCGGUACACUAUUGAUGCCAAUUUUCUUUGUUUUCGUUGAGUUUUAUUUGAUA